AUGGCUUCGUUGUCGAGGUUAUCACUGUCCAGAGCGAUGGCCUCGUCAAAACCUCAAGUUGCCUCGCAGAGGCUCGCCUCACUCAACCGUCAAUUCUCAUCGACGCCCGCAUUGGGCUUCGAGGUGAAGAAGCUCGGCGUUGUCGGGGCUGGCCAAAUGGGUCUGGGAAUCGCGCUCGUCGCCGCUCAAAAAGCCCAAGUGCCAGUGACACUGGUGGACACAUCCCAGCAAUCCCUCGACCGAGGCCUCGCAUUCGCCGACAAACUCCUCGCAAAGGACGUCUCGAAGCAAAAGAUCACCGAAGAGAUCGCAAAGGCCACAAGAGAGAGGUUAAAGGCCACCACAAACAUGUCGGACCUGUCAGACGUGGACAUGGUCAUCGAAGCCGUGCCCGAGAUCCCGUCGUUGAAGGAGAAGAUCUUUGCGGAACUGGCCGAAACAUGUCCCAAACACGCCAUCCUGGCCACAAACACUUCGAGCAUAAGCAUCACCAGGAUCGCGCGAGCGACGUCCAAGGACCCCACAGAUACCUCUGCCUCGUCGCGGGUUGUGUCCACGCACUUUAUGAACCCCGUGCCAGUCCAGAAAGGCGUGGAGAUCAUUUCGGGCCUGCAAACCUCUCCGGAGACGCUCGCGGCCGCCAUCGCAUUCUGCGAGAAGAUGGGCAAAGUCUGUUCCGUCUCGGCGGACAGCCCUGGUUUCCUCGCCAACAGGAUCCUGAUGCCGUACAUCAACGAAGCCAUCAUUUGCUUGGAGACGGGUGUGGGGAAGAAAGAGGAUAUCGAUAACAUCAUGAAGAAUGGGACGAAUGUGCCCAUGGGCCCGCUCACGCUGGCGGACUUUAUCGGCCUAGACACUUGUUUGGCGAUCAUGGAGACGCUACAUGCUGGCCUGGGCGAUAGCAAGUACAGGCCCAGCGUGCUGUUAAGGCAGUAUGUGGAUGCUGGUUGGUUGGGCAAGAAGAGCGGGAGAGGUUUCUAUGAGUAUAAGUGA